AUGCAUAACUCUGCUACCUUUCUUGCCACAUCGUGGUCACUGUUCGACAUGAAGCCAACUCUCCUCCUUCUCGGCCUCGCCGCUGAGGUUCUCGCGGUUGCUGUUGCUCCGCGUGAAGAGAGAACCACCCAAGUUACCCGAACGUUCGAAUUGCCGCCCUUCACGGACUUUCCACCAACCCACUUCCCCACUCGGACAACACGCCGCACCACCUCCACCACCUCCAAGAGGCCAACUCACCACCCAACCACCAGCAGCAGACCGACCCAUCACCCAACCACCAGCAAGAGGCCAACUUGGACUCAUGGCCCAAAACCCACCUGGGCUGGUGAUGAAAUCGUCGAACGCGAUGUUAUUGAGGAAGAGGCGGAGAAGCCCACCUGGACUCGCCACACUAGCUCCAGGAGGCCAACUCAUCAUCCAACCACCAGCAGGAGACCGCCUCACCACCCAACCACCAGCCGCAGACCAACUCGGACUCACGGUCCAAAGCCCACUUGGGCGGCUGAGGAAAUUGUUGAACGUGAUGUGAUUGAGGAGGAGGAGAAGCCUACCCAUUUCCCGACUGGCUUCCCAACCAAACUCCCAACCCAGAUUCCCACUUGGACUCGCCAUACUAGCUCCAGGAGACCAACUCAUCACCCCACCACUAGCCGCAGACCAACUCGGACUCACGGUCCAAAGCCCACUUGGGCGGCUGAGGAAAUUGUUGAACGCAGUGUUGUCAGCGGUGACAAGCCCGAUGCGGACAAGAUCAAUAUCGUUGGUGUCACCUAUGGCGGUACCGGAUGCCCUCAGGGAAGUGUUCGCAGUGUCAUCUCUGAUGACCGUGAAACUAUCACCUUGAUCUUCGACAAAUAUGUCGCUUCGGUCGGCCCCAAUGUGCCAUUGGAGGACAGCCGCAAGAACUGCCAGGUCAACCUCAAGCUCAACUACCCAGGUGGCUAUCAGUACUCUGUUCUUGGCGUUGACUACCGUGGAUAUGCUCGUUUGGACCGCGGUGUCGAGGGUACCCACAAGACUAACUAUUACUACUCUGGCGAGACUGACGACUUCGCUCUCAGCACCAACUUCCAUGGACCGACUGAAGGUGACUUUCUCCUCCACGACGAGAGUGACCAGGUCUCUCGCAACUGGUCUCCUUGUGGCAGCACCCGUGGCCUCAACAUCAACUCUCAGGUCCGCGUCAGCAACAACCGCGACCGCAACGCCUCUGGCAUUCUGACCAAUGACUCCAUUGAUGCUGAUUUCCGCCAGAUCUUCCGCAUCAGAUGGCGACGAUGCUAG